CGAGCAGAAGCAUUCUUCUGACGAGCCUGCAUGCGCGCCCUCUCACCGCGUGGCUGCAGUCUGCGGAGAACAAAUGCAAGUAAACCGAAUCUGCCCGGAGUCUCAAAUUACCGAAACCGGCCAAGCAGACGUCUUGACUCAAGCUGGGAUUAAAAAAAAUAAAAUAAAAGUUUAGUUCACUUUAAAAAAAAACAAAGAGAAUCAAAGGAUCCAGACAACCGCGCUGGCUGGAGGGGGACUCGUGCCAUCACGCUGUUGGACUUUACGCAAAAGCUGCGGCACUUCUGAGAAGACCAGGUCCCGACGGGGAAACUGAAAGCCCCAUAAACUACCCAGGACGUCCGAUCCAGCUUGGAUUUGAACUUUACUAUGUAAAAGAUGUGGAGGACCUUUCACACACCUUCCCUGAUCUUGAACAACGUUUACAGGCGUAAGUUGCUGGCUGAGCGGUUGGAGGAUGAGAARGUGGCCAUGGAAAUCGCUCGCCUGGAGGAGGAGUUCCGGCGGCUGACAGAGGAGAACCGUGCCUUGGUGACGGUCCACAGAGAGCGCAGCCAGCAGCUGGAGAGGCUCCGCCCGACCGGUCGAACGAGGCAAGACUCCUUGUGACCUUUGACCUCUCCAAAACCAGAGACCACCAGACGUCCAGGUGACACAAGGUCGGCCACUAGAAACAAAGGCGCACUCURUGAAUCAGCUAAUUACACAGAAAGGAGCUGUGCCUGUUCAUAGUCUGAGUCAUGUGUUGAGCCACAGACAUGUGAACGCUUAUCAGGACAGUAAUGACACCAAUGCUGUUUUUCUGGGUGCUCUGUUUGCUUAACCUUUCUGGUCAUCAUUGAAACACCUAAUACUAUACGUUUGUUCAGUUACUGUGUUAUCUGAUUUUCCUAUAUCAGUCUCAGGGCAAACCUUUUACCCUGAGGGAGCUAAAGGUGGUGCAACAUGGUCCAAAACUUGUAUUUUAGGAAGUGUUGAAAGAACUUUGAAAACGGUGCCAGAGAUCUAGUUAUUAUAAUUGUUUGAACUAAUAACCAAAGAAGUAGAGUGAUGAAAAUAUCUAAACAACACUGGAAGAUUUGUAUAUUAAUAUUAAUAGGAUUAUUGGUAUCAUUCUUUUUGGAUUAGGAGUGUUUGUUGUGUAGUGUUGACCUGUAGACAGGGAAGUAUACAACAAGAUAAGCUUAUUGUCCUCUGAUAAUAAAAAGGCAUUUUAUUGUAACACCAGCAUCACUUCCUUAGUUUCAUUUCUCUAAGUAAACACUGUUGUGAUGUGUCCUCUUAGCUGGCCUUACGCAAAAAAAGGAAAUAGAUAGUGUUUUUUUUAAACAACAAGAUUAGUUCAUUCUGGGAUUAUGAAACCGUCACUUGACUGGCCAGUUUGACCAGCUUCCUUCUUCCAAAUCAUGUGACGCUGGCAACUUCAGUUUACUUUUCUUUUAGCUCUUUCUGUUAAAACUGCUUUACUUUUAAAGACACUGUCCUUUAUAUGCAACCAUUCAGUUACAUAAAGGGACAUUUGUCCUCAAAUGUUAUAAAAUAUGGGAAUUUUGAUGUGAAUUUGUGUUGCAUUGUUUCACAAAUCUUUGCUUUUUUUACUUAUUUGCCUCCAAAGCAACAAGUCAUGAGUAGUUCCUUUUCAUUUCACACAACUUGUCCACAAAGCUCUUUUGUUUGCCAUGUGAAUACCUGAAAAUUUAAAGACACAAACAACAGACAACAUGGUGCUUAAGCACACACUUUAAUUCCCCUGCCUUCUUAAAUCCCUUCUAAUGUGUCAAAGGGUUUUCCCUGGAAAAAAAAAAAACUGAGUUUACCAGACAGAUCCAGGGGUGGGAUUGGACGGGACGGCAAAAAAAACUGCUUACUCAUCCUUUCUCAGUCAGAGCGCAUGAGUCAACGCUGCUUUGUUACACCCAUGGUUGUUACAACACACACACACAGGCUCUCUGAACGCCUGCCCUCCCCUCUCAGAUGCACUCACAGGCCAUAUGACUGAGUCAAGCUCAAUUUUUAGUUUGUAGCUGAGUAGAGAUAAGGCUUUCUGAGAAGCAGCCUGGUCGGACGGCAUUCCAUUUAGCAACAUCCAUGUCCACAAGGGAGCAGGAACUUUCCUUGACACUCAAGGAGACGUGAGCGAAGGCAGUUCUGUAAGAUGUCUCAGAUGUCUGCCCCGAGGUCGUCCGUGUUUACGUUCGAGUCCACGGCGCAUUCCUCUCAUGUGCUGCGGUGGCUGAACGAGCAGCGCUGCCGGGACUUGCUGUGCGACGUAACCGUGGUGGUGGAGGCCCAGAGCUUCAGAGCCCACCGCUCGGUGCUGGCYUCCUGCAGCGAGUACUUCGCGCAGAGGAUCUCUUCCCUGGUGCAGCCCGGAGCGGUCAUCACCUUGCCAGAAGAGGUGACUGUUUCUGGCUUUGAGCCCUUGCUGAAAUUUGCCUACACCUCGAAGCUCCACUUUAGGAAAGAAGAUGUGUUAGAAAUCCAAAAUGCAGCCUCCAUGCUCGGUUUCAGAGACCUAGACGAGGCAUGCUUUGAUUUCCUCCUACCGAAGUUCUUUUCCAGUAACGAAGGCUCGGCCCCCUUUGUGAGAAAGACCUGUUGUAAGAAGACAUGCAAGAGGCAAGUGUCAGCGGAAAAAGGAGGCACAGACUCUGACGAAGUGCCGCUGGAUGACAAAGAAGUAAAACCAGUUGCUGACUCAUCAUCUCAGCAGGACGCGACUCGGGACUGCAGCAAAUCAGCGAGCAAGAUAGCAGGAAGUCUGAAUAAUGCCAAGUCUUUCGGGACAGCGGUUGAAGACAUGGAUGGCAUUAUCCAACAGUGUCCAAAGUAUCGCAAGUUCCAACAGGCCUGCAAGAAAGAACUUGUCACUGAGAGAAGUCCGGCUGAUCCUGUGAAGCCGGUGAUUGAGGAUGGCUGCUUCCUCUCCUGCUUUCCGUGCCCCAGCAGUGCACAGUGCAAAAUCAAAACGGUGGUYCUUGGAAACUCAGCUUCCAACAAAUGGAUAAGAGGAGAUGCCAAAGAGCCACGAGAAAACAAUUCUGGGGUCACAUGGGCAGCUGAGAGCGUUACGAAAAAUGCACUAAAAAGAGAGGAAAAUUUUGAUGAAAAUGCAUCAGAUAACAUUAGGAAGAUGAAGGAAAUGAGCUCUUCAGACACUCUUUGUGUGAGGAGUGUCGCCUCAGAACCAAACCCAAGACUGGGUGAGAGUCCAGCAGAGAUGUCACCCACUUGCCCUUUGGAAGACUUCAGUGACAGCCAUGCAAUCUGUAGGCCAUYGGGGCGUGAGAAGAUGGUCAACAAUACAAAAAAUCAGGGAGCAAGAAACCUCGGUGCAGCAGAUCCAGGUGCUUUUCAUCCAAAUGUGCCAAUAGAAGCUGAAGCGAAAUGGACACAAAGCGUCAGUCAAGAUGGAGGAAAUGGAAAGCAAAYGGGCAACAUGGAAAGAGCGGCCGUUCUUGUUGAAAAUAGAGAAAGAAUCACCUCUCAGCAAAGCAUCCAGGACCCUGAGGUGGGAUACUCCACCGAUGCAAGCGGCAGACAGGUCCAGUGGCCAUCUGUAGAGUAUUCGAAGCUUCGGGACAACUUCUGCUCCACGAAAAAUAACUGCUCCUUUUUACUGGAUCAGGACCAAGGAAGCUGCGCCUUCAAUCCGGCGGGGAUAUCUGAGUGUGAAGCGGCGUCUCAGUCGGGGGUUUCGUCUCUGAACUCGGGGGAGGACGGAGACUCUGAGACAGAAACAGAGUGUGAAUUCUUCACAAGAGAGAGAGCUAGGCAGGUGCAGCUGCCGUACCCUGUGGACUGGAUAGUGAAUCUGAGCCGGAACGACUUCCAACAUCUGCUGAAGCAGCAGACCUUCACGCGGGAACAGCUGGAUUUUGUCCACGACAUGAGGCGGCGCAGCAAGAACCGCCUCGCCGCUCAGCGCUGCCGCAAGAGAAAACUGGACUGCAUCUAUAACCUGCAGUGUGAAAUCAACAAACUUAAAACAGAAAAGGAGAAACUGAUCAUGGAAAAGAACCAGCUGAGUCAGAUGAAGUCGAAAACGUGCCACAGCGUCAGCACCUUGUGUCAGCGGGUCUGCAGCGAGGCAAAUCUGCAACCAGAUCAGCUGCAGGUGUUCACCAAAUACACCUCCUCAGACUGCCCUCUGAACUCUUUAUCUCCUCACAUAGACGCACUUCUGUCCCAAAUCCCUCUUCGUUUGCCUUGCUCUGGGGGUCUCAGGUUUGUGACCUCAGAGGAGGAUCUAUCCAGCUCAAACCGAGACACAGGAAAGCAUACACUGUAGAACCAAACCCAGCAGAAGAAGUCAUGCUGCCUGAGGCUGCAUCGACUAAGAAACUGCACUGUAAUUUUUAUCAUUCACUGUAACGACUUUAUGAUUUAUUGUAGCCUAAGUAUGCCCAAGUGGCAUACUUGUUAUUGUACUGAGACAAUGAAUCCACAGCAAGAUUCCUGUAAAUAACCAAAACUUUCUUCAUUUUUCAGGGGGCUUGUAUUUUCCUUGAAUCAGAAAAUAAGUACUGAGACAAUAUUAUCAAAUCAUAUCAUUAUAUUUAAUUUGCUCCUAUAAUUAAUGCAUAUUCCUGCAGCUGCUGGUUCAUGGCAUUUUCCAUUUGAUUGUCAAAUAGAGAAAUGUGGAGAACGUUUUACUCUUUGUCUUGAGGUAUUACCAAUUUUAUGAAUCAAAGGGAAAUGUUCUUUAUAUUUGUAAAAAAAAGAAUACCUCAAAAUGGCUUAAAACUUACAAUAAUAUACUUCAGGACUUUUGUAAUGCUCUGUACAGAGUUUGAUGCAGCUCAUUAUUUCAGGUGUUAAAAGGGGAAUUUAUUCUCCUGCAGACAGUGUUGGUUUGGUUUUAACCAGUCGCUGCAAUUUGCACCAAAAAAAAACCACACAGCUGAAUGAAAAGACUUGACACUUUGGACCUUGUUUACCUUUUGGACUGCUUGACUCUCAGUUUUCUGAUUGUCAUUGUGGUUUCCUUGCCUCACCCGACCGCGAUGACAAAGCGCUUGUCUUAAAAACCCCAAGCCUCUCGGAGCAAUGACUCACCUAAACAGACCUCACCAACCUACCUUCAUUCCAUUUCCAAAGAUGUCUCCUCAUUAAAACAAAAAAAAAAAGAAAAGAAAAUCUGCGCUUCCGCAAAGUUUCCAAAAAAGCUAGCCUUUUAAUUUCCUUCUUUAUUUCUGAUAAACUACUGAAAACAAACCACUUAAAUUCUCUGUUCUGGUUUUUAAGCACAUCCUGAAUUAGAUGGAAGUAUUUUGUAUUACUUAUAAAACUAUUUAUCAAAAAAAACUCAAAUCACUGCCACGGGUCAAGUUAAUAUAAACAGUAAGCAUUGAUGAUGUAGCACAAGCAGAUUUAUAUUUAUAUUUUAUGUAUCCUGAGCUGUUAAUAGAAAAUUAUUUCUCAUUAAUUCAAGCAUUCCAUUUAUUCCUCUGUCUUGCUUAAAAAACCCUUUUCUUAUUGAAAGUGUUUCACGCUCAAGAUUCCACACAGAAAUAUCAGAUUUGCAAUUGUUUUCUGCCAAUCAUGUGUACAAUUGUUUUAUUUGUGAUAAUUAUUACAGAAGUUCAAGUCAAAUCUUAAAAAUGUAUCUUAUUUUUCAAUUUGAAUUGAAUUAUGUUGUGAACAAGC